GUUUCUGUGGGCCGCGCUUAAGCCUAGUGCACUGUAUUACCCUGACUCAGGUCUCCCCACUUUCCCUACGCCAGGUCCAGCCGCCAUGGAGCUGCGCUCGGAGCUGCCCAGCGUGCCCGGAGCGGCGACAGCAGCAGCGACAGCGACGGGACCACCCGUGGCAUCGGUGGCGUCGGUGGCCGCCGCGGCAGCUGCCGCGGCAUCGCUACCAGUGAGCGUGGCCGGAGGCUUGCUGCGGGCGCCGCCGCUGCUGUUGAGGGCAGCGGAGAAGUACCCGCGGACCCCCAAGUGCGCGCGCUGCCGCAACCACGGAGUGGUGUCGGCGCUCAAGGGCCACAAGCGCUACUGCCGCUGGAAGGACUGCCUGUGCGCCAAGUGCACGCUCAUCGCCGAGCGCCAGCGUGUCAUGGCGGCUCAGGUGGCCUUGCGCAGGCAGCAGGCGCAGGAGGAGAACGAGGCGCGCGAGUUGCAACUGCUGUAUGGCACUGCCGAGGGCCUGGCGCUGGCCGCCGCCAACGGCAUCAUCCCACCGCGGCCGGCCUAUGAAGUCUUUGGCUCGGUUUGCGCCACCGACGGCGGGGGGCCGGGAGCUGGAGCGCCCACGGGGAGUGCAGGGGGCGCUGGGGGCGCAGGGGGCGCAGAAGCCAAGUUGCAGAAGUUUGAUCUGUUUCCCAAGACGCUGCUUCAGGCCGGCCGCCCCGACAGUCCGCCGCCGCCGCCCGGGAAGCCCAUGUCGCCCGACGGCGCGGACUCAGGUCCCGGGACCUCGUCCCCUGAGGUGCGGCCCGGCUCAGGCUCAGAGAACGGAGACGGCGAGUCCUUCUCGGGGUCGCCUCUGGCCCGGGCCUCCAAGGAGGCGGGUGGCAGCUGUCCUGGGAGCGCGGGCGCCGGCGGUGGCGGCGAGGAGGACAGCCCCGGCUCCUCCAGCCCCCUGGGUUCCGAAUCCGGUUCGGAGGCUGACAAAGAAGAAGCCGAGGCCGCACCGACUCCGGGGCUGGGCGGCGGGCCGGGGCCGCGGCAGCGGACGCCGCUGGACAUCUUGACGCGCGUCUUCCCGGGCCACCGGAGAGGCGUCCUGGAGCUGGUGCUGCAGGGCUGCGGCGGCGACGUGGUGCAGGCCAUCGAGCAGGUGCUCAACCACCACCGCGGAGGCCUGGCGGCCGGCCUGGGCCCCGUCGCGCCGCUGGAAAAGGCGGCGGUGAGCGCGGCGGUGGAGGACGCGUGGCCCGGGCGCGUGGAGGCCGCAGCCGCCGGGGGAGCCGGGCUGCCCGCUCCUCUGCAGACCGGGCCCGCCGCGCCCCCGCACCACAGACCCUUGCUGGCCGGGGCCAUGACGCCCGGCGCGCUGGGCUCGCUCAGCAGCCGCUCCGCCUUCUCGCCGCUGCAGCCCAACGCCAGCCACUUCGGCGCCGACGCGGGCGCUUACCCUCUGGGCGCGCCGCUGGGCCUGAGCCCCCUGCGCCUGGCCUACUCGGCGGCGGCGGCCCACAGCCGCGGCCUGGCCUUCAUGGCGCCCUACUCCACGGCCGGCCUGGUGCCUACGCUCGGCUUCCGGCCGCCCAUGGACUACGCCUUCAGCGACCUCAUGCGCGACCGCUCGGCCGCCGCCGCCGCCGCGGUGCACAAGGAGCCCGGCUACGGGGGCGGGCUGUACGGGCCCAUGGUCAACGGCACCCCCGAGAAGCAGUAGGGUAUGGGGCCACGCAUCCUAGCCACCCCGAAACAUCGACCUAGCCUGCUCCCCCAGCCGCGAGCCCCUCCUCGCCCUGCCCCGCGCCCUCCGCUCACAGCUGGCUUUAGGGGCUUGUUUGGGAGGGUGGGUGGGAGCACCUUAGCAGGUGUCUGCAGAGGAGCCUUGUGGUCUGGGUGCUCGCCCGCCUCGGGCCACCUUCCCCCAGGCCUGCUCACCUUGUCAAGAGGCUGGGGAUCCCUAAGAACACCGAGGGCGAGCUGGGGAUCCCUAAGAACCCCGCGCCCGCCCCUGCUGCUCCCUCUGCUCUGCUCGCCUCCCCAGCCCGCGCUCAGGUGGAUGGCAGGAUGGACCAGCCUCUUGUGUGUCCUCCAAUACCCAUUCCCCUUUCGUUUAAAAAAAAAAAAUCCGCUCUAACAAAUAUAAAUUUAGGAUGUAUACAUCUCUUGGCACUGAGUCGAGUCUUUGGGACACAUAUAUAUCGGUAUC